CUGAAUUGACCGUUUUAUAUAUUAAGAAUUCCCAACCUAAAGUUAGUAUCGCCAAUGCUUAUUUCAAGAUGCAGACGAUUCUGAGGUGCCUUUUGGUCGCUUUGUUUUGUUUCUCAACACAUGGUGCCAAGAAUCAGUUUCGAUGUGAUUACACAUACGUUCCAAAUGCGGAAGGGUGGUUAAAAUACCACGAGAUUCCUUCAAAUUGGAACGAAGCCCGAUUGAGAUGUCACAUGGAAGGUGCAUAUUUAGCUUCACCGCUAAACAAAAACCUCCAAGACGCAAUGACAACAAUGAUGAACGAUAAAAAAACAAAUUGUGCAGUGUUUACGGGCAUACACGCUACAUUUUCGAGAGGAGAUUAUGCUUCUGUAGAAGGUAUACCAAUGGCGAAAAACAUGACGCGACACGCCUCUUCGACUCUGCACCGGUGUGUACCAUUAUCGAGAAUACCUCAUACAUGGACGAAUGACGAACCUGAUAACUAUCAGGAUAAAGAGAAUUGUCUGAUCUUAUUGCCCGAUGGGAAUAUGGGCGAUGCUAAAUGCUCAGAUACAUUCCCUUACUUCUGUUACAAGAAGAAAACGCCGACAGUCAUCACUAGUUGUGGCACCAUAGAUCCUGAUUAUACUUUGGACGCCAGAACUGGCAAAUGUUACAAGUUCCACCGUGUGCCAAGGACUUGGUCCCGUGCGUACAUGAACUGUAUGGCAGAAGGAGCACACUUAGCAAUCAUCAACUCCGAUACCGAAGCCACAGUUCUCAAAGAGAUAUUUGGAAAGAAUCCUGGUGGUUCGAUGCUUGGUAACUUCUGGAAAGAUGUAGCAUUUAUGGGUUUCCACGAUUGGACAGAACACGGUGAUUGGAGGACUAUUGAAGGACAAACUCUGAAAGAAGCUGGUUACGACAAAUUUUCUCCCGGUGAGCCAAACAACUCGACGACGGGAGAGUUCUGCGGUGCCAUCUAUAGAAGCGCUUUAUUCGAUGACCUAUGGUGCGAGAACAGAUACGCUUUCAUAUGCGAAAAGGAUCCCGCCAGCCUGUCCUGUGACAAUUUCUCUUGAUUCUUGUAAAUCUUGAAAUAAAAAAAACGUUAGUACCUUCAAUAUAAAUGGGAAUUAUGAAUCUGUUUUGAUUACGAUGGUUCAACAUCUACUUCUACCUGACCCGGC